CGUCAUCCUGCGGUGGAGCCUGAGUGACGUAAAGGGGCAAGCCACGCCUCUCAAGAGCGCUGCAACCGGAAAAUACUCAUUGGUUGAGGAAUGCAGGGACGUUAAGGAGCGGUCAGUUGAAGUCAGCGAGUCAUGGCUGGCUUCAGACAGGAGGAUGUGGAGCUUUUCUAUGAAAUGGGAGAGGAGUUAGGAAGUGGGCAGUUUGCCAUCGUGCGUAAAUGUAAAGAAAAGAGCUCUGGAACAGAAUACGCUGCCAAGUUUAUCAAGAAGAGACGGCUGUCGUCCAGCCGACGGGGCGUGAGCCGAGAGGAGAUCGAGCGAGAGGUGAACAUCCUCCGAGAGAUCCAGCACACCAACAUCAUCACCCUCCACGACAUCUUUGAGAACAAGACGGAUGUGAUCCUCAUCCUUGAGCUGGUGUCUGGAGGGGAACUCUUUGACUUCCUGGCUGAGAAGGAGUCGCUGACGGAGGAAGAGGCCACGCAGUUUCUCAAGCAGAUCCUGGAUGGAGUGCACUACCUCCACUCCAAACGCAUCGCACACUUUGACUUGAAGCCUGAGAACAUAAUGCUGCUGGAUAAGAACGUUCCAAACCCCAGAAUCAAGCUGAUAGAUUUUGGAAUUGCGCAUCAGAUUAAAGAUGGAAAUGAAUUUAAAAACAUCUUUGGAACACCUGAGUUUGUCGCGCCGGAAAUUGUAAAUUAUGAGCCCCUUGGUUUAGAGGCAGACAUGUGGAGCAUUGGUGUUAUCACAUAUAUACUUUUGAGUGGCGCUUCUCCAUUUCUUGGUGAGACCAAACAAGAAACGCUCACCAACAUCUCGGCUGUCAACUACGACUUUGAUGAAGAGUACUUCAGCAACACGAGCGAGCUUGCUAAGGACUUCAUUCGCCGACUGCUGGUCAAGGAUCCUAAGAAGAGAAUGACCAUUACUGACAGUCUCCAGCAUCCCUGGAUCAAGGUCAUUAAGAGACGUAACGUGAGGCGAGAGAGCGAGAACAAGCCGGAGCGCAGACGUCUAAAGACCACGCGUCUGAAAGAGUACACCAUUAAAUCCCACUCCAGCAUGCCUCCCAACAACACCUACGUCAACUUCGAGCGCUUCUCGCAGGUCAUGGAGGAGAUAGCCGUGGCCGAGGACGGCCUGCGAGAGCUUGAGAAGAACCAGCGCUCCUGCAGGGAAGACGUGGCCGCUCUGCUGUCCAUCUACGAGGAGAAGGAGAGCUGGUACAAAGAGGAAAACGAGAGCAUCGCCACAGAUCUCAAUCACAUCAGACAGGAGCUGCAGAAAGCGCAAACCCUGCGCAGGCAGAGCCAAGAAGAGGCCCGCGCCGCCAUGCUGUCGGCCAACGCCCUCAAACGCAAGUUCUGCCGGCUAGAGAACCGAUUCGAGGUCCUGGCUGAGCAGAUGGGCUCCGAGGUGCGCUGGGUGGAAGAGCUGGUGCGCUCCAUUUCUGCUGAGAACGAGGCUCGCAGCACCGGCAUGGCAUGAGCAACUCUUCGCUUUCUGAGAUUAUCUGAUAUCUUCGCUUGGACAGAUGUAGAGUAUCAAGGGCAGUAAGCUUAAUGCCUUUAGGUUUUACGUGCAUCAAGAGCUAGCAAUGCAAAAUGUAUUACUUGAGGAUAAAGUGAUAGUUCACCCAAAAAUACAAAUUCUGUCAUCGUUUGCUCACCCCUUUGUCAUUUCAAACCUGUAUGACUUUCUUGCUUCCGCGGAACACGAAAG